AUGGACAGUAAAACCGCAUAUAGCGCUCCCGGAAAGUGCUUGUUGGUUGGAGGAUACUUGGUUUUAGAUCCUAAAUACCAAGCAUAUGUGGUUGCACUUUCCUCUCGCAUGCAUGCUGUAGUAUACGAAAAAGAUGCUAAUCCAGGUAAUAGAUUUAGAGUAGUUGUCACUAGCUCACAAUUCAAUAAUGAUCAAUGGACGUAUGAAAUAGAUCCAUCAAAUCAUUACCUUCCUGUGGAACUUCAUGGCAAGAAAAAUCCAUUUGUGGAAAUGGUUUUGGUCAAUGUCUUUAACUACUUCCAACCUAAUGCUGCUUCGCAUGGGAAUAUAUACGUUGAUAUAUUCUCUGAUUCAGGUUAUAAUUCUCAGAAGAACAGUAUAGAGAAGUCAAAUGGUUUUAAGAAGUUUCAUUUCCAUAGAGAGACUGUCACAAAGGUACCAAAGACUGGUUUAGGAUCAUCCGCUGGUUUGGUUACUGUGCUUACAACGGCUUUGGUAUCAGUAUUCAAGAAAGACCUUGAUAUUAAAUUGGAAAAUGAUCAAAAUUUGGUACAUAACUUAGCCCAAAUCGCUCAUUGUCAGGCUCAAGGAAAGGUUGGAAGUGGAUUUGACGUUGGCGCAGCUGUUUUUGGAACAACCACCUAUACGCGUUUCCAGCCGAGCUUAAUUGAGGGUUUGAGUGCACAUGGAUCUGGGCAGUAUCAUCAGGAUUUGGUCAAGGUCGUUGAUAAUCACUGGGAUGCUGUUUUUAAUAGAAUACUACUACCACCCGGAUUGAGAAUUGUUAUGGGUGACGUUAGCGCUGGAUCUGAGACUCCAAAGAUGGUAGCUUUGGUGAAAAAGUGGCAUGCUGACAAUUUACCUCGUAGUGAGGAUAUUUUUAAUAAGAUAAAUGACUGGAAUAUGCAGUUUAUGGAUACGUUGGAUCACCUUAGAAUCCUUUCGGAGUCUUCUCCAGCAGAAUAUAAGAAAGCUUUAGAAGCUAUUGAUAUGGGCAAGAAUCUCAAGGAAUUUCCACUGUUAUUGAAGCUUCAAGAAGCUGUAGGCAAUAUACGUGAGAAUUUGAGAUUAAUUACAAGGGAAUCUGGUGCUGCUAUUGAACCACCAUCCCAAACUGAAUUGUUAGAUAACUGUAUCAAAUUGAAAGGUGUCUUAACUGGAAUGGUUCCGGGAGCAGGUGGACACGAUGCAAUUGCUUUGAUUGCAACAUCUUCGUCAGACUUAAGUACUCAAACUAAGACACCUGAAUUUCAGUCCCUUACACUACUUGAUCUUCGCCAAGAGGAUUACGGCAUUCUGGUGGAGAACCCUGUUCAUUAUGAGAACUUAGUCUAA